AGUACACUGAAAUUCAAAGUCAUGCUUGUAACUGUUAAUGAAAGCAGAUUUAAAGCAACACCACCAUCACUGGAGUAUUUUUAGUUAUAUAUGAUUGAGACUACCAAGCAUGUUGCUCUUAUUCAGUGUAAUCCUAAUCUCAUGGGUAUCCACUGUUGGGGGAGAAGGAACACUUUGUGAUUUUCCAAAAAUACACCAUGGAUUUCUGUAUGAUGAAGAAGAUUAUAACCCUUUUUCCCAAGUUCCUACAGGGGAAGUUUUCUAUUACUCCUGUGAAUAUAAUUUUGUGUCUCCUUCAAAAUCCUUUUGGACUCGCAUAACAUGCACAGAAGAAGGAUGGUCACCAACACCAAAGUGUCUCAGAAUGUGUUCCUUUCCUUUUGUGAAAAAUGGUCAUUCUGAAUCUUCAGGACUAAUACAUCUGGAAGGUGAUACUGUACAAAUUAUUUGCAACACAGGAUACAGCCUUCAAAACAAUGAGAAAAACAUUUCGUGUGUAGAACGGGGCUGGUCCACUCCUCCCAUAUGCAGCUUCACUAAAGAAGAAUGUCAUGUUCCAAUUUUAGAAGCCAAUGUAGAUGCUCAGCCAAAAAAAGAAAGCUACAAAGUUGGAGUUGUGUUGAAAUUCUCCUGCAGAAAAAAUCUUAUAAGAGUUGGAUCAGAUUCAGUUCAAUGUUACCAAUUUGGGUGGUCACCUAACUUUCCAACAUGCAAAGGACAAGUACGAUCAUGUGGUCCACCUCCUCAACUCUCCAAUGGUGAAGUUAAGGAGAUAAGAAAAGAGGAAUAUGGACACAAUGAAGUAGUGGAAUAUGAUUGCAAUCCUAAUUUUAUAAUAAACGGGCCUAAGAAAAUACAAUGUGUGGAUGGAGAAUGGACAACUUUACCCACUUGUGUUGAACAAGUGAAAACAUGUGGAUACAUACCUGAACUCGAGUAUGGUUAUGUUCAGCUGUCUGUCCCUCCCUAUCAACAUGGAGUUUCAGUCGAGGUGAAUUGCAGAAAUGAAUAUGCAGUGAUUGGAAAUAACAUGAUUACCUGUGUUAAUGGAAUAUGGACAGAGCUUCCUAUGUGUGUUGCAACACACCAACUUAAGAGGUGCAAAAUAGCAGGAGUUAAUAUAAAAACAUUACUCAAGCUAUCUGGGAAAGAAUUUAAUCAUAAUUCUAGAAUACGUUACAGAUGUUCAGACAUCUUCAGAUACAGGCACUCAGUCUGUAUAAACGGGAAAUGGAAUCCUGAACUAGACUGCACAGAAAAAAGGGAACAAUUCUGCCCACCGCCACCUCAGAUACCUAAUGCUCAGAAUAUGACAACCACAGUGAAUUAUCAGGAUGGAGAAAAAGUAGCUGUUCUCUGUAAAGAAAACUAUCUACUUCCAGAAGCAAAAGAAAUUGUAUGUAAAGAUGGACGAUGGCAAUCAUUACCACGCUGUGUUGAGUCUACUGCAUAUUGUGGGCCCCCUCCAUCUAUUAACAAUGGAGAUACCACCUCAUUCCCAUUAUCAGUAUAUCCUCCAGGGUCAACAGUGACGUACCGUUGCCAGUCCUUCUAUAAACUCCAGGGCUCUGUAACUGUAACAUGCAGAAAUAAACAGUGGUCAGAACCACCAAGAUGCCUAGAUCCAUGUGUGGUAUCUGAAGAAAACAUGAACAAAAAUAACAUACAGUUAAAAUGGAGAAACGAUGGAAAACUCUAUGCAAAAACAGGGGAUGCUGUUGAAUUUCAGUGUAAAUUCCCACAUAAAGCGAUGAUAUCAUCACCACCAUUUCGAGCAAUCUGUCAGGAAGGGAAAUUUGAAUAUCCUAUAUGUGAAUGAAGCAAGCAUAAUUUUCCCGAAUAUAUUCUUCAAACAUC